AUGCGGUUAUUCGGCGGGCUAUUCGCGCUCGCUACGGUAGUACUAUGGACGAGUGGUACGGUUGGUGCCAAGAAGCACGGUCAUCACCCCAGAGAGUGUAAGGUGGGAGUGACGUGCGUUUGUGACGACGAGAAAUGCGCUAGGGUGUAUGGUAGAGGUCAUGUGGUAAGUGGAUACUGUAUUUUAAAAUUUUUUUGAUAUAAAGUUCAUUUUUAUUUAAAAUUGACCUUUGAUAUUUUUAUUGAUUUUUAUUUGAAAUUAAGGCUCUUUUACCGUUUUUUAAUUGUAGUUCUUUCCAAAUUUUAUUUUUUUGUCGCAAGGGUUACUGUAUUUAAAAACAAAAGUUUCGUUCAUUUUAGGUUUUGUAAAGAAAGUUUUUACUAUUUAUUGUCCUGUAAAGAAAAUUCUUGUAAUUUUUUAUUUUAUAAACAAAGUUUUUGCCAUUUUAAGUUUUGGAAAGAAAGUUUUUGCUAUCUUGGGCUUGUAAAGAAAGUUCUUGUCAUUUUUUGCUUUGUAAACAAAGUUCUUGUCAUUUUACGUUUGGCCAUUUAUCGCUCUGUAGAGAAAGUUAUUGUUAUUUUAGGUACAUAUAAAACUAUUUUUUUUUAAUUUUAAAUUUUCAAAAUUUUUUAAAAUCUCAAAUUUCAGUGCCGAUCCCCUCGCUGUGAUGAAGAAGAAAAGUACCAGUGUUUUGUUCUCUGCGAACACGUUUUUACUCGUAACUCAUCGUACGCCAAUUGUGCUCUAAAAAAUCAUCCAGAGCUCCGAGAAGACAAUGAUUAUGACACUUCAAUGGGUACUAGUGGUACCUCAACAAGCAUGGGUUCUACUGAAGUCUUCACUUCUUCAGAAGCCUCUUCUGAAGUUACCGGAGGAGAAGACAUGUACGAGACUUCUGACUCUUCAUAUGGUACAGAUUCGACUACAGCGACUUCUGAAUCCACAGAAAUGGCCGACGAUUUGAAUGCAAAGAGUCACCGUAACAAGGAUUCUGGCUUUGAUGAUCGUCGGAAUCCAUUGUUUGACCCUGAUAGAAAUGAUGACGAUGAUGAUGAUUCAUACGGUUCAAGCUACAGUACAGAUGCUUCAAGUUAUCGUACGGAAAGAAGUGACGAUGAAGAUGCUUCAGCUCGAGGCUACAAUGCUGAUGAUAAAGGUGACGACGAAGAUUCUUAUCAAGACUACAACAAUCACAAUAAAGGUUCUGGCCACGCUAAAGAUGACUACGAUUCUAGCUACGCUACAGACCAAAUGGACGAUCAAUCAAGCCACCGUACCGACCAAAGCUACAACGACUAUGGUAAUACAGACAUAGGCAAGGUAGACACAAAGGCUCCAUUCGAUGACGACGAUGGUGACUUGACUCCAGAAGGCGAUACUCUACCUCCUUUACCACAACCAGGCGAAAUACAUCCUGAUGGUCAUAGACGACGACCUUCUAAGCAUCGUAAACAUCCCUCAGAUAGGGACCGUGAUCGAUAUCCUGAAGACGAUCGUGAUAUCAGCCCAGAAGAUAGAGGUCAUGGUAGAUCUCCUAAACCCAAGUACCAUAGAAAACAUCCUUCAGUUGCUGACGGAAGCCCUGAAGACGGUCGUGACAUAGGUCCUGAAGAUUUCAGCGGGGAAGAUGAAGACGAUUACGGUCAUGGCCGUGACAAAGACGACCGUCGCAAACACGGACAUGACAAGGACGGGCAUGAAAAGCACGGUCAUGAUAAGAAACAUCACGGUAAACAUGGUCAUGGGCACGGUAAACCAAAACACGGUUCAGAAGACGGUGAAGAAGGCUACGGUAGAAAAUCUGAUAAAGAGCGUGCCAGCGGGUACGGUGAAAGUUCAGCUAAAGAGCGUGCUAGCAGGUACGGCGCAAGUUCAGAAGAAGUUCGUGCCGGCAAUUACGAUCAAAGCUCAGCGGAAGAGCGUGCCAGCAGGUACGGUGAAAGUUCGGAAGAAGCUCGUUCCGGCAAGUACGGUGAAAGUUCAGAAGAAGCCCGUUCUAGCAAGUACGAUCACAGCUCAGCUGAAGAUCGUGCCAGCAAGUACGGUGAAAGUUCAGAAGAAGAACGUUCCGGCCAAUACGGCAGAAGCUCAGGCGAAGACCGCUCCAGCCAAUACGGCAGAAGCUCAGGCGAAGACCGUUCCAGCCAGUACGGAAGAAGCUCAGCUGAAGAACGUGCCAGUCAUUACAAAAAGAGUUCUGCUAAAGACCGUUCCGAAGGCUACGGUAAAAGUGCCAUGGAAGAGAGCGCUGAAGGCCAUGGUACAAGCUCUAUGGAAGACAAGAACAUGCAAGGUGCUGAUGAUGGCCACAGAAGACGUCAUGGAAAACACGGUACAGAUUCUGACGAUGAAUAUGGUCCUGGCUAUGAAUAUGGUUCUAGGUACAAAGAGGGUCACAGAAGACGUCAUGGAAAACAUGGUACAGAUUCUGAUGACGAAUAUGGUUCAGGCUAUGAAGAUGGUUCAGGCUACGAAUAUGGUUCUGGCUAUGAAUAUGAGUAUGGCGAAAGUUCGGCAGAGGCCCGUGCCAGAGCCUACAACAGAAAAUCAGCUAAAGAACGGUCUGGACAGCACAGUGAAGGUUCAAGUGAAAAAAGUGCUUCAAGGUACGAUGAAAGCUCAGAAGAAGCACGUGCUGGCAAGUCUAACAGUCGAUCAAAUGAAGAACGUGCUGAAAGGUACGAAAGCUCAGACGAAGAUCGUUCUGAUGCGUACAGUAGACAAUCAGCCAAAGACCGUGCUGAACAGUACGAUGAAAGUUCUGAAGAAGCUCGUCAAAGGCAGCACAGUAGACAAUCGGCAGAGGAACGUUCAGGAAUAUACGGUGCUAGCUCUGGAGACUCUAGCUAUCGUAGUUACGGUAAAAGUUCAUCUGUAGAACGUGCCGAACAGUACGAUGAAAACUCAGAAGAAGCUCGUCAAAGCAAGCACGAUAGACAAUCAGCUGAAGAACGUUCCAGUAAAUAUGAUGAAAGUUCAGAAGAAGCCCAUUCUGGCAAGUAUAACAGCCGAUCAAGUGAAAAACGCUCUGAAGGGUACAAUGAAAGCUAUGAAAGAUCUAAGACUGCCAAGCACAGUAAACAAUCAGCUGAAGAACGUGCCAAAAAGUACGGACAAAGCUCAGACGAAUCCCAUGCUAAUAGAUACGGUGAAAGUUCAGAUGAGGCCCAUGCUGAGAGUUACGAUAGAAGUUCAAAAGCCAGUUCUAUGGAAGAGGCAAAACGUGCUGAAAAACGUCGAAAAGAAGGUUUAUACCAUGAUGGUGACUUCUUGCCUCCACUACCAACGUCAGACAAAGGCCGACGACCUUAUCCUUCAGAUGACGACCGUGACAGAUCUCCAGAAGACGACAGCCGUGACAGAUCUCCUGAAGAUGAUAGCCGUGGCAAAACACCCGAAGAUGACAGUCGUGACAGAAGUCCCAUGGAAGACCAAAGCCUUCAGAGUACUGAUGACAGUACCCAAGAUUCAAGACGCCAUACAACAGAAGAUACCAGAAUUGACACCGAACCUUAUGACACGUCCGAUGACACUGAUGACGAAGGCUACACCAGACGUCAUAGACACCCAGAAGACGAAAUUACUACAAUAUUCCCCAUUGAAGAUACUUUUGUUCGAAGUAAUGAAGACUACAGUAGGGGUUCCAUGGACGAUUAUGAACGUUCUACUACUUACGAUGACAGAAGUGACACCGUGAAUCCGUUGGAUAUUGAUGGCGCGGAUGAAAGUGGCGAUUUUACACCAUAUGACGAUGGAAGUUCAGACGAAAGAGAGAGGGAUGAUUACACUGAUAGUGCUAAACAUGACUACACUUCUCGUACUGAAUCCAGUGAAGAGCGUAGGAGUGAUUAUGGCCGAGAUUCUGGCAACAGUACGGAUUCUGGAGACUCUUCAAUACCAGUUUUCGAUGACAAAACUACUGAAGAUUACGGUAGAAGCUCCAUUGUGGAAGACCACAAAAUGCAUAGUACUGAUGGAAGUGCUACAGGACGUGCAGAACACAACCACACAAAACACCAUCAUCAUCCUGAUGAAGACAUUAGCACUUUGUACCCUAUUGAAGACAGCUUUGGUAAAAGUACUGAUGACUACAGUAGAAACCCUAUUAAGCACAGUACUGAUGACUACAGUAGAAAUCCUAUUGAUCACGGUACUGAUGACUACAGUAGAGGCUCCAUGGAAGAUCAUACCGUACAGAGCUCGGACGAUGACCAAACAACCAACCCUAUUGAUGACGACGGCUUAUCAGACGAAGGAGACACUAUAGUGCCAUAUGACGAAACAUCAAAGCGUACGGAAAGUCAAGAAAGAUUGUCAAUAGGUAAAGGAGUUACCUAUGAAUCUGUUGAGACUUUGAUACCAUUAGUCAUUGGUGGAAGUAGUACUGAAGACUACAGUAGAGGCUCAAUGGAAGGUCAUGCUAUGCACAGUACUGAGCAAACGGGACACGACGCCUACUCUAGAAAACACUUAAAGCAUGCUGCAUUUGGUGAUGACAGUAGCACUGAAGAUUACGGUAGAAGCUCACAAGAACACGGCACUGAAGAAUACAGUAAAAACCCUAUGGAAGACCAAGACCUACACAGUACCGACCAUGGCAACACUGAUGAUUACUCAAAACAAUAUACACCUCAAAGUAGUGAAGAAGGCGAUAAUUACUCUAAGGAUUACACUGGUGCUGGUACAAGUAAUGAAAACUACUCCAAAGACUAUACUCAAAGCUCAGACGAACAAGGACUUCAUACUCAACAUGGUACUGGUAGAAGUGAUGAAGACUAUUCUCAUAGUACUGGACAUAGCGGUGAAGAUCAUUCAAAAUACACUACUAGCCAGAGCAAUGAAGACUAUUCAAGAUCAGACCAUAGUACCGAAGACUAUUCAAAACAUACAGAUUCUUCUGACAUCCCUGAAUUCACAAGUGGCAGUACGGAAGAAGAUACGUCACCAUGCACUACAGAUGACGGAGAAUCGGAAGAUGAUUUUGAAGUUGAUGACUUCUCAAACUACACUGAUAGUGAUGGCUCAACUCAAGGCUAUUCGUCACGCAAAAACAGUCAAAACAGCUAUGGUAAGACUAAAAAUGGCAAACCAUGUAGACAUCCAGUAAAAAUCCAGCCAACACCAUACAAAGAUGCUACACCAGAUGAAGAUGGAUUAACAGCAACAACCUUAUCUACGAUGUACGGCAAGGUUUUGGGUUCUGAACUAGAUGAGAGUACGACCAUGGCUCCGGUAGAAACAACAAUGUCACCAGAAGAGCAUUUUACAGGCAGUAGUAGGCCUGAUGUCGACAGUGGCCGUGGGUACAGUAGUGAAGACAUGUCAACUCAACGUACUCACCAAAGUGAUGAACGUCGUACUAGAACUUCCAUAGAAGAUCAAGACCUACAUAGUACUGAGGGCGGUCAUACUGGUCACCAUCCAACACAGCAUACUCAACAUGGUACUGGUCGUAGCGACGAAGAUUACUCAACACAUAGUACUGACCAAAGCGGUCAAGAACACAGUACUAGUCAAAGCAGCAAAGGAGUCUCAAGAGAAGGCGAUGGAAUUACUUACGAAUCUGGAGAAACUUUGAUUCCUUUGAUCAUUGAUGGCAGUAGUACAGAGGACUACAGUAGAGGCUCAGCAGAACAUAAUACCGAAGACUACAGUAGAGGUUCGACCGAAGAUCAUACCAUGCAAAGUACUGAGCAAACUGGACGUUCUAGAAAACACUUGAAGCACGGUGCAUUUGGUGAUGCCAGUAGCCCUGACGAUUACGAUAGAAGUUCGACCGAACAUGGCACAGAUGAUUACAGCAGAACUUCAAUGGAAGAUCAAGACCUACAUAGUACCGAUGGCUACACCGGUGAUUAUUCACGAGAAUAUACAACUCGAAGUAGUGAAGAAGGCGACAACUACUCUAAAGACUACACUGGUACAGGCACAAGUAAUGAAGAUUACUCAAAACAAUAUACAACACAAAGUGGUGAAGACGGCUAUACUAGUGACCAUUCUAGCAAACAUCGUACUGACGAAAGUACCGAAAUCGACCGAGAAAUCUUGAACAGUCAAAGAACAGAGUUACCUACGAUUGAAGUGACCAGCGGCUAUUCAGUAUCAAUGCCUAUUCGUACUGCGCAUACUAAAGUGUCAAUUGCAUCUGGUGGUACGACUGAAGAUGUUUAUACUAUCAGUUUACAGCCGGUAUACGGCACAACAUCAGUAGCGCAUACUUCACGACGUCAUCGAUUUAUAAAACAUCCAGCUGUGGGUGACAGUGAUGAAGAUAGAACAAAUGAGAGCGGUGAAGGUCACAGUACGAAAGAAAGAGAACAUGGUAGUACGGAAGAAGGAGAACAUCACAGUACAAAGCAUGGUGUAAGCGAUGGUAGUCAUGAAAACUCUUCUGGUAGUACUGAAUCAAGCGGACAUCAUAGUACCAAGCACGGUGCAACAUAUAUUAGUAGUGGGCUAUAUAGUACCGAACACUCACCGUUCUCCGGAGAAGAAACUACUUCACUUCACCACAAGCCUCGUAUCGACCUUACAUCUACAGUAGACGAAAGUGAGCCUUCUACAGAGUAUGUCUCACAAGAAAUUACACCACAAACCUCGAGACAAGAUCACUCUGUAACCAGUGGAUCUACAGAAACCGACAUAGCUUCAGACGCGUCCACAGUAGCACAAACUGAACAAUCACAGUUUCAUGGUACUGUUACUGAUGAAGGAGACUAUAGUGAUGAAACUAGUGAAAAUUCUGAAGGACGAGAUCACAGUAGUACUGAAGAAUAUGGUCAUACUCAGCGUACUGACCAACACGAGCACGGCAGUACUCAUAGUAAACAUUCUCACGGUACUGACGCUACAGACAUUACGGACGAUGAUUUACACAACCGUGCUAAAUCAACAAACGCUGAUUUCUGGCGAACACGAUUCUCAGGUGCUACGACAAAGACUGACGACACUAAACAUGUAACAUCAAGUGCUUAUCAUGGCGAUGUGACCAAGAUAUCUCAUGGUACUGUAUCUGCCAGCAAAAUGUAUUACAGUCCGUCAGUGUCGGUUAGUAUGAUAAGACGUCGCUUUUCGACGCACGGACUUGAUACUGUUACUGGGUCAAGUAAAGGUAUUGAUGUUUCUCGGGAAGGUGUUACAAGAUCGAGUGAAGACGCUACGCAUGAAGCAAGAACAAGAUCGAGUGAAGAACGAGGUCACAGCGAUGGACAUCAUACUAAACCUGGCAAAGAUUCUACGCAUCCUCACACUGAUCAAGCUGGACACGGUAGUUACACUUCAAGAUCAUAUGAAGAUCGUAGCACACGAGCUGUCACACAUUCUUCAGAAGGAGAUGAUAAAUCGACAAUUAAGCAUCCUGCAAGACCAGAUGACCUGUCAAGUCCACUAGCAUCUUUAGAAGAUGCUUCGACAGCUCGCGGAGAAAUGGGAGAUGAUUUACGUGGUUCAGAUAAUUCAGAUGAAAAUGGAGAUUCUAAAGGAUCGAAAUCACGAAAACAUGGUAGAGGGUCUACAGAAGAUCAAGACAAAGCACAAGAAUCCGCUGCUUUAGAAGAGCACGGACAAGCUCAAGAACAGGGCGAAUCUUCUGAGGAAAACAGCCGGGAAUCCGCUAUGUCAAAGAAAAACAAACAUGCACAAGAAGAACCUUCGGAAAACCAUGCCAAUUCACAAGAAGAAUCAUCAGAGCACCAUGCCAAUUCACAGGAGGAAUCAUCAGCCUCAGGAAGCCGAAGCAGUGCUCAAGAAGAAUCAGCUUCAGAGCACCACGCCAAUUCAGAAGAAUCAGCAUCAGAGCACCAUGCCAAUUCACGAGAAGAAUCAUCAGCUUCAGGAAGAAGCAACGGUGCUCAAGAAGAAUCGGCAUCAGAGCACCAUGCUAAUUCACGAGAAGAAUCAUCGUCAUCAGAACACCACGCUAAUUCACAAAGAUCAGAAUCCUCAGAAAACCACGCGUAUUCACAAGAGGAAUCAUCUGGUUCAAGAAGUCGUGGCAGCGUGAGUUCAUCUGAAAACUACGCGGCAUCCCACAAAGGAUCAUCAUCUUCAAGAAGCCAUAGCGCAUCUGAAGAAUCCUCUGCCUCAAGAAGUCGCAGCAGUGCAAGUUCAUCUGAACACUACGCUGCAUCUCAAGAAGAAUCAUCGGCUUCAGCUAGUCGCAGCGCUUCUCAUGCAGAAUCAUCAGCUUCGGAGAACCAUAGUGCAUCUGAAGAAUCAUCUGCUUCAGCAAGACACAGUGCUUCGCAACAAUCAUCCGCUUCAAAACACUAUAGUGCAUCUCAAGCCCAAUCAUCAGCAUCAAGAAGCAGCAGCAGUGCGGAAAAACACUCGCAUGCUUCUAAACACUACAGUGCAUCUCAGGCACAAUCAUCGUCUUCAGAAAAGCACGCUAAUUCACGCUCGGGAUCGCAUUCUUCCAAAGACAACGGACAAGAAGAGUCUUCGGCUGAACAAAGUCAGCAGUCGGAAGAACGUUCAGAAUCACGACACUCUGCAUCUCGUUCAGAAUCGCAUUCAGAAUCACACAUUAAGCACAGUGACAUGUCUUCUGCACUUUUUGAUGAUGACAUUGAAUCGGGAACUAAGUCUGGCGGCAAGUACAGUUCGAAAAGAAAGUACGGCGGCAAGUAUAGAACAAAGGGAAAAGGAAAGGUCCGGUUUUACUGGAGAAAGAAGCCAAAAGGCUACCCUACUGCAACAACAACUUCAGCCGAGAACAAACAUGGCUAUUCUCAUGCCGCAUAUCAAGAACUACUUUCUGAUGCUAUUCAUAGCUUAUCCGACGAUGCUGCAAACCGGCAAUCACAGAACCAAAACGAAGAACGACUAAAACACCAAACAAGGCCUUAUGAUGAAAUCGACACUAAAGGCUCGUCUCAUGGUAGAAACAAUGACCAUGACUACUUUGAUACUCCAGAAAAGUUCAAAGACCUUAGAAAUAAAUGGAAAUCUGGAAAAGGUUUUGGUACUGAUGAUGAAGAGAGUGAAGAUCACGGCAAUAGACAUCAUGGCAGCCACAAAGGAUCUGGUAGUCAUGGCAAAGGCAAACAUAGUAGUGACGAAGGUAGAAGACGUCGUAGAAGAAAUAGAAACCACAAUGAUGAAGACAAUUAUGACAACAAUCAAGAUGAUUCAGAAAGCUCUACAGCCUAUUCUGGACAAUCUCAUAGUACUACUGAAAGAAGAAGACAUUCAGAUAGUAGUACAGAAAGCAGUAGGCAUCAUAGACAUCAUUCAUCAACGCCAAGUUUAGAAGAAAUUCUGACUUCUGGUUCUACUGAGAGACGAAGAAGCUCUACAGAAGCUUCAGAGGGUCAUCAACCUACACACUCUUCUGACGACAGAAGUGUUACAGAAUCAUCAGCUGAGAUGGCUACAGAUUCGUCUGGAGCCAAAAAACGCAGCAAAAAAUCAUUAGAAGACGGAUCAAAUAAUGUUGAUGAAUCUUCACAAAACCUAUCAGGUUCAUCAAAUUCUGAAGAUGCUGAAGGUGCAUCGGAGCAAGCAGAGGCAAACGAAUCUGCGGAAGGGGAACAAACUUCAGAAUCUGCAGAAGAAGGACGAUCACAAACUUCAGAAUCCGCAGAAGAUGGACAAUCACAAAAUUCAGAAUCCGCAGAAGAUGGACAAGAUUCAGAAUCCUCAGACGACAGAGAAACACAAGAUUUGAAAGCUUCUGACGACGGUGACUCACAAGGUUCAGAAUCCUCAGACGACGGACAGUCCCAACAAUCAGAAUCCUCAGAAGACGUACAAUCAGAAGCUUCAGAAUCCUCAGAUUCCCAAUCAUCAAGAUUUGAGAAGAACAAGGAUUCAGACGCUUCAGGACAACGUACGACACUUGAUCAAAUUUUGUCACAAAAAUCAUCUUCGGCCACAGAGGCUACUGAAUCAGAGUCAGAAGAGGGCAGUAGACAAGAUGCAGAGAACAUGAGCGAUGACAGUGAGUCUGGUGACAGUCAUAUGGAAGAACAAAGUGAAAGUGAAAGCCGUAAAGGUAGGUUUAAGAUAACAUAAACAACCUUCGUCACCUAAAAAAUAAAAAGUUUUAAAAUUUCAAAAAAAAUUAAAAUUUCAAAAUUUUUUUUGAAAAAACCUUCAAAAUUUUCAGAUUCUCAAGCCACGUCCGGAUCAGAAGACCUAUACAAAGACAACGACUACGAUUAUGAGACAAUAGAAGAAGCCGUAACACCCAUAGUACCAAUACGACGAUUUACACGACGAAUGAAGCGACGACAUUAA